GUUGCUAUGGUAAUCCAUAAAACAUUGCGUAGCUGAUUUGAAAUGAUUGUUUUUUAAUUCAUUCAUUUGUGGUUUAUAUGCUCACCUUUGUUUCAUGAGUCAAGGAUAUAAAAGGGAUGAAGAUUCACUUGACUUGCCAGGAAACUCCACUGAGAUGGAUUUGACAUCAAAUCCUGGACUUGUUCAUGAACAGAGAAGAGUUGUCACCAGAAUCAGCGUUGGAACACAAACCGACUGGAGAGACGAGGACGAGUGCCGUCACGACUAUAAAUACCCGAACCAAGGCACAUCAAAAGCUCCUCACAAGAAUUCGGGGUCGAUGUCUAAGCAGAUCAGAGUGUCGAGGAGCAGUAAAUACCACGAAGAUGGUUUACGACAAGGAACUCGCAAUGAGAGCGAUCCUAAAAACAUGAAGUCUGAGUUGGAGAUAUCCCCAGAUAAUGAAGUGUUGGAUUCGCUCAGCAAGGAAAUUCCCCGAACUCCCGCAGCCUGCCAAGGAGAAACUGAGGAGUCUUUAACUAAUCUGGACAAGAUCUCAUCCCCAAGUGGAUCAGACUCAUCAGAGGAGUUACUGCAGACUGUGUUCAACAUUUGCUGCAAGCACUGCCAGGAGCCAAAGAAACCCCCGGUGACCAGUGAUCAGAUAACCAACAGUGUUGACCCAAAAGAGUUUUUCUGCUGUGAGGAGGCAUGGAAGUUAACUGUGAAUUUGCUGAAGGGUGCAGCAGAUAUCACUAAAGAAACCGUGACUGAUAGAGACCCAGCGAUGCAGAAAGAUCAAAGGCUGAAAGGUUUGGAACUGAAAAGGGGCUCAGAUCAUCAGGCGCCUAAAGCAGGAUGCAAACAAGUACCUGCUGCCCUGCACAAUUGGCUCUCAGAUGAUACUUGGACUUCAUACCCUGAAACAGAAAUAAUGGAUUCUGAAAACACUUUAUUUUUCAAUGGAGAAAAUGCUGCACAGAAGAGAACGGCACCGCUUGUCAAACACUACAGCGGUGGUCAAACGUUCAUUGUGAUUUUUCCAGAUGGAACUGGGCAGGCGUACUAUCCAUCAGGAAGGCUCGCUCUUCUCCUUUGUGCUGCACAGUCAGCUGACUGGUGCUGUGCGGUGGUGCUGGAGGACUCACAUCUGCAGCCUCACAUUCAGGCACUCUUCACCAGCAGAGGACAGGGUACCUGUUACCACAGCAAUGGCUCCAUUUGGUACAUUAGUUAUGGUGGUGGAAUGUAA